CAAACGACACUCCACAAUACAAAUCUUUUUCUUCAAGCCUUAUAUAAAUCUUCUCGUGGUUUAGGUCUUUCUUCAUCUUUUUCUUCACUGCACUCCACAAAUCACUACCUCUUCUUGCACUAGUUUUACAACUCCUUUGAAUCUCUUCACAGUCCUUUCCUUCAAGGCUUGAACGUCCUUAUAAUGGACUUUUGUCUCAGAAUGCUUUUAGUCAUCACACUGAUCACAUCCAUGGCCUUGACAAAAGAUAUGAGUGCGGAGAGGCUACUACAAGCUCAUGACCCAUUAUCAUCACUUGCAAAUGGCAAUAAUAAUGGUUAUUCUCAAAUCUCCACUGGUCCUUUCUCCCCAAGGGUUAGUAUGGAGGCGAGUUGCAACAUCAACAUCGUCUUCAACCUACUGAUUGACUGCGUUCCCUUCUUCUCGGGGACAUCUUCCAUUCCAGCAGUGGCAUGUUGCUCUGGAGUUGAAGUGGCAGUAAAAACAGAAGUCGAUUGCUUAUGUGAUGGCCUCACUGAUCUCUUGACUCAUUCUGGGUUGGUGUUUAAUGUCUCCCGGGGACUUGAUCUCCUCAACGCAUGUUUCAGUCCUAUAUCUUACUCAAUCAUCUCCAACUGUGUGAGCCCCACACCUCCUGCUCCUGUUCAUCAUACCCCUGUGGUUCCAACUCCGACUCCCAGUCCUAUUACUCCUCCUCCUACUCAUGUGGGCCCAAAUCCGACUCCCAGUCCUAUACCUCCUCCUCCUACUCCUGGUGAUACUAGCUUGGUAAAUCCAACUUUUGUAACGGCUGACAUUGGAGCAAUUUGCUUGGGGGGGAAUAAGGCAGCUUACUAUUACGCCCCAGGAUUCGGCAAAGGCGCUGAAAAUUGGGUUGUGUAUCUUCCUGGGGGCGGAUGGUGUAACAAUGUUACUGCCUGCGAAAUAUAUACUGAUACUAAAGGUGUGGGCUUGUCUCCAAGAGCAAUUCCCUUUACUGCUAUUUUGGAUUCUGAUAAGGAGAAAAAUCCUGAUUUCUAUGAUUGGAAUAGAGUUUCUAUUCGGUAUUGUGAUGCAUCGUCAUUCACUGGAAAUUCUGAGAUAACAACCACAAAUGGUACUAAGCUUUUCUUCAGAGGAGGAAGAAUUUUUAGUGCUGUUAUGCAAGAGCUGUUGCAAAAAGGAAUGGGAAAUGCGAAGAAUGCACUUUUGGUUGGUGGAUCAGCAGGGGGAGUCGCAACAACCAUAUACUGUGAUAGAUUUCGAAAUUUCUUCCCAUCCAAUUCUAGAGUAAAGUGCUUAUGUGAUGGAGGUUAUUUUUUCCUGGCGAAAAACCAUAUUCAAGGAAAUACAUUCCUAUCAAUGUUUGAGGGCUUAAUAAAUUUACAUAGAUCUGAAGAUAUGCUGCCCAAAUCUUGCACUACAAGACUAAGUGCACCGAUGUGUUUUUUCCCGCCAAAUUUACAGGAAGACGUCAAAACGCCCAUCUUUUUCCUGAUGUCGGCAUUUGAUAGAGUCCAGAUACAGUAUACUUUGUCAAUGGAUCUUACUGGUUGCGUUCCUAUGGCCAAUUGCUCGGCGAAUCAAAUUAAAGCCUCACAAGAUCUUCGAUCUGAGCUUCUCACCAUUCUACCAAAACGAAGCAAAACCUUCUUCAAAGGGUUUCUGAUUACUCAUCCCUUUGCUCACACUCAAGUAGAAAAUGGUACUUGGAACAGCCUAGCUACGGGAACUAAUAAGACAAUCGCUAGCUUAUUUGGAGAUUGGUACUUUGAGAGGCAAUAUGUUGAAGUGAUUGACAGUUAUCCAUGCCCCUACAAAUGUCCAUAGGCUGCUGCGCUCCUUUUAUGAUCCAUUCACACUCUUUAAUGAUCCAUGACUCUUUAAGUCUUUAUCAUAUGAUCUCUUUCGUCAAAAUAUUUACAACAAUGUUUGUAUCCAUUCUUAUACCCACCUUAUAUCCACCAUGUUUGUGAAGUGUUUUUUUUUAAAUAUGUAAUCCUCUGGAAACAAAAAUAACUCUUUAUUUCACUCUUGCUAACCCGGAAGUAUGUUAUGAUUCCAGUUUAUUCUAUGGUGUUAAAACUCUA